CUUUCUCUUUCUCUUUUUAUGGCUUUAUUUUUACUAAAUAAAACCCGCUUUGUUACAAGAGCUUGCACUCAGUUGAUCUACCGACGCUCAUUCAACACAAGUCGAGCUCAUUUUCGAAAUGUCGAAACUCCUGUACCUUCUGCCCGUGGGCCUUUAGAGGGUAUUAGAAUAUUGGAUCUGACCAGAGUGUUAGCUGGUCCUUACUGUACAAUGAUGCUUGGUGACUUGGGAGCCGACGUGAUAAAAGUCGAGAAUCCCAAUGGUGGUGAUGACACGCGGGCGUGGGGGCCACCAUUUGCCACAAACAAAGACCCAAACGAUCUCACUCAUGGUGAAUCUGCGUAUUUUCUCUGCGUUAAUCGAAACAAAAGAUCAGUCACUGUCAACAUGAAGACAGAAGGCGGCCGUCAGCUAAUCUACGAUCUCGUAAAGGAAAGCGACGUUCUUGUUGAAAAUUAUUUGCCUGGAAAGCUCGAAAAGCUUGGUCUAGGCUAUAAGCAGCUGAGUGAGAUCAAUCCAAGGUUGAUCUAUGCAUCUAUUACAGGUUACGGUCAAACCGGUCCGUACGCCGACAGACCAGGAUAUGAUGUUAUUAUCGAAGCAGAGGGGGGAUUAAUGCAUAUCACAGGCGAACCAGAGGGAGCACCCGUCAAGGUGGGUGUGGCCAUUACGGAUCUGACGACGGGUAUGUAUGCUCAUAGCGCUAUCUUGGCUAGUUUAUUGCAGCGCUCUACGACCGGCAAAGGACAGCACAUUGAUUGCUCACUGCUUGAAUCGCAAGUCGCCUCCUUGGCCAACAUAGCCUCUAAUUAUUUGGUUGGCGGCCAAGAAGCUAGACGUAUGGGCACCUCGCAUCCUUCGAUCGUACCAUACCAAGUCUUCCCCACCAGGGAUUCCUUUGUCAUGAUCGGCGCAGGAAAUGAUGGACAGUUUGUUAAGCUCUGUAAACGCAUGGGACUCACUCAUCUUGUGCAGGACAACAGGUUCAAGACAAACUCUGAUCGAGUCAAGAAUCGCAAAGAACUCAUUCAACUACUACAAGAUCGAUUACAGGAAGAAGAUAAUUGCUAUUGGCUUGAAACACUCAACGGAGCUGGAUUUCCAUUUGCACCUAUCAACAAUAUAGAACAAACAUUCCAUCACCCUCAGAUACUGGCAAGAGGCUUAGUUCAUCAAGUGAACCAUCCUCGUGCAGGUAAAAUAAACCUUGUGGGCCCGCCUGUGAAAUAUAGCGACGCAAAGACUAGUAUCAGAAGACCACCGCCUCUUCUUGGAGAACAUACAAAUGAAGUGCUUGAACAAAUUCUGGGUUACAAUAAGGAAAAGAUUGAAACCCUUAGAGAGAAAGGCGCCAUUGGAGUAUAGAUUUUUAUUCUAGGAUCAAGAAAUAAAGUGCUCUUAAAAUUUAAAACUUGCAUGAGGCUUAUCGUAAGUGGGUGACAUCAGCCCAGAACUAUUCUGUUCGUAUGGAUUAGAGUAAGGAGAUAAGCUGGCCUUUCUUGGCCUUUCCACUGCACUUGACGGGACUUUUUGAGAUGCAUGAUAUAGAGUACUCGAUUUUGAUAGCUUAGGUGCUGGUAUAGAAUAAAAAUAGUUGGAAUCUGGAGAAGCAGUCGUGGAUGAUUUUGAAGCAGCCAUUCUUCUUACGGCCGAAGAACUAACAGGUGGUGUUGGCCUUAACGGGAACCCGUCUUCCUCGUUUGAUCUUCUUUGGCCAACAGGCGAUGUGGGUUGUGGUGAUGUAGUCGAAUAGUGUACUGGAAACACAGACGGUGAAUCUAGAAUAGUAGGACUAAGUGGAAGUUCACCAUGCUGUUGAUGUUGUUGCUGUUGCUGCUGUUGU